AUGGAGAUCAGUGGAGAAGAUAUAUACAGCUGGUGUAGAAGUAAGGGAAUAGAUGUACAGAAAAGUGUGAGUAUUUUGGGAAAUUUCGUUGAUAUUAUAGAAGACGAUAUUAUUAGUGAAGUAAAGAAAAUGUAUGGAAUGAAACAACCACAUAUUGUAGAUAAGUGGAAAGAUGGUAGUGAGGAGAUAUGUGCUGUUUUAAUAAGUAAUGACAAUCCGUUAGAUGCAGCAGUAAUCCCUGCGAACAUAUUAAUAGAAAGAAUUCCGGGUAGGAGAUUACAAGUAAGGUGGCCAGUAGAUACAUAUGCUGAUGGAGGAGAGAAAGUCAACAGUAAAGAAGAUAUUCAAGUUGAAAGUAUUAGCACAGGGUGUUUUCAUAAUACCAGUAAUACCUCAGAAGAAACAACUAGGGGUGAAGAAAAAAUAGAUCCACAAGUUGAGAAUGUAAUGGAUAAAGUGGUUAGUCAUUUCGAACGAUGGCAUUAUGAAGGGGGAUAUAGAAGAUUAAGGAUAUUUUCUGGGGUGAUUCCUGUUCCAACUGGAGAAGAGAGCUAUGAUGUAUGGAGAGAGGCGGCAGUGCAACAUUCCGAGGAGUGGAGGUGUCCAGAGCAUAUAAAGAAACAGAGAAUAGUGGAAAGUUUAAGAGGACCAGCAAUGGGAAUCAUUCAUGCCACCAGGAGAAGUAAUUCACAGGCUACCUUGAAGGAUUAUUUUGAUGCUCUGGACUAUUCGUUUGGCACCUUAGAGGACGUGGGAGAUCUGUUGACUCGUUUAAAUCAAACUUAUCAAGAACCUACCGAAACCCUCACCAAUUAUAUAUAUCGGCUGGACAAGAUAAUUUACAAACUAUUAGAUAAAGGAGGGAUUAAUCCUCCAGAAAUUGAUGCCAUGCGACUCAAGUAUAUAUUGAGAGGAGCGAUGACCACCAAUCCUGUAGCUCAAAGAUUAAGGUGUAAUAUACCCCGUGAUCCUCCACCUACGUUAGGAGAAUUGAUAAGGGAUGUUAAAUUGGAAGAAGUCCAAAUUGAAAACCGAGAAAAAAAUAUCAAACGAGUCAAAGUUGUUGUUCCCAUUCCUGAAGUUCCAUCCGCUAAUGAACAAUUGCUCAAAGCUUUGGAAGAACAAAAUAAGAAGUUAGAACAGUUAAUUUCUUUACAGAAUUCAGCCAUGUCAAAUUCUAGGACAUCUCUGUCGGGUAGAGGGAGAGGUUUCAGUCGUAGACAAGAUAAUACUAGAAAUCUCACUUGUUACCGAUGUGGACAAUUAGGGCAUCGGUCGUUCGAAUGUACACAGAGGGAAAGUAACAGAACAAUGGCAAAUAGUACGGAGUUGAGGUCAUCAUCUAUGACGGAAAACGGGCAAGGGACGUCGAUGAACCCCGCAUCGACUCCCAGAUUAUAG